UGGGCCACUCUAAUCGGAUUGUUUUGUUUUGUCAGCCGAAUUAGCCGUAUAUAAUAAAAAUCUGAAUAUUUAUCUUUACAUUUCGACUGAAGUACACAUAAUGGCUUUCCUGUUCAUACUGGGCUGGAUUUCCCUAGGCAUACAGAUCGUGUUCCUGACAUUAUCCAUAGUGGCUGGAUUGUAUUAUCUGGCGGAAUUGGCGGAGGAAUACACCACAGCGACGAGGAAGUGUAUUCUCUUUCUAAUCAGCUUUACGAUCUUCGUUUACAUCCUGCUGAUGCUCUUCGAGGACCUGCCAUGGAGUUUGAUAAUUUGUGGAUUUGUGGCACAGGGUUUUUACCUAGGGAUAAUGGGAGGAUUUCCCUUUGUGCGACUCCUGUCGCUUCCGCUCUGGGGAUCCUUAAUCAUGCUGGUGGUUAAUCACUUCCUCGCCUUCCAGUAUUUUACCACUGUUUAUGUGCCUUUUACGCAGGUUCUUGCCUACUUCACCAUCUGCUUAUGGAUCGUGCCCUUCGCUCUGUUUGUAUCACUCAGUGCGAAUGAUAGCGUCCUGCCCACCACUGUUAGCGAUCAGAGCAGACGCAGUCCGGAUGUGGUCAGCAAUUACUUCUCGCGGAACAAAAAGCAGGGCUUGCUUUCCCUGUUCCAGUAUCUGAAAGAGGCUCUUCUUCCAGGACGGACCAAGAAGGCCUUCUAGAUGUAGUUUAUUUAAUGUUUAUUUAUUUUUGUAGCCGAAAUCGAGACAAAGGUAUACAAAGCGUAUAUAAACUACGUUUAUGCAAUGACAA